AUGGCGAAGAACAGAAACAAGAAGAGAAAUGACCUAACUUCCAUGGAUGUCUCCACUGACCAAACGGUUACGGAUGUCCAGGCCAUGGAUACUUCAGAAUCAGCAACUCCCGCAAUGGUAAUGGGAGACGGCGGCCGGCGAGGGAGUUUGCAGUGCUUCUUUAGCCCUUCAAACACACAAAAGAGGUUAUUACCACCAUCUCCAACAAAGCUUCCAAUCAUAGGUAAUCUCCAUCAACUUAGAUCUCUUCCUCACCGUUCUCUCCAUAAACUAUCCAAAAAAUAUGGUCCACUCAUGCUACUUCACUUUGGCAGUAAGCCAGUUCUUGUUGCUUCCUCUGUUGAUGCUGCUCGUGAUAUCAUGAAAACUCACAAUCUCGUUUGGUCAAAUAGGCCUAAGUCUAGCAUCGCUGAUGGACUCCUUUAUGGAUCCAAAGGCGUGGCCUUUAGUAAUUAUAGUGAAUACUGGAGACAAAUUAGAAGUGUCAUGGUGCUUCAGCUUCUCAGUAACAAAAGAGUCCAAUCUUAUCGUCAUGUGAGAGAAGAAGAAAUAUCAAACAUGAUUGAUAAAAUUAGGCAACAGUGUGAUUCAGUGAUAGACUUGAGAGAUGUUUUAAGUUGUAUGACUAAUAACAUAAUCAGCAGAGUGAAUAUAGGAAGGACAUACAAUGAAGGGGAAAGUGGAAUAGCUGUUAAGGCUCUCCUAGAAGAAAUUCUUUUACUUGCAGGUGUUUUUAACAUUGGGGAUUAUAUUCCGUGGCUUAAAUGGCUCAAUAAAAUCAAUGGUCUGGACAGCAGAGUGAAGAAAGUAGCUAAAGGUUUGGAUGCAUUUCUAGAGAGUGAAAACUCCAUUAAUGGAGGUUUAGAUCACACUGAAAUGUAUGAAAGUAUGAAGAAGAGAAGAAAGAAAAUUGUGUUACAUUGA